GGAACCGUGCAAGUGAAGACGAGACGCCGGGGAACACUUGCACAGACGACGCAUCGACGUUCCGGGGAAACCUUUUACGUAAACCGUGAACGUUGCCGUUCAAAUGAUGGGAUAGCAAACAAUGGGCAUUUUGCAUUGGGGGUGGAUUUAAAUAUCCACGCGCGCAGCCGCUUUGUGCUCGCCGGUUGUCUGUGCGUGUUUUUCAGCGUCUCCUCUUAGCCGCCCCCCUCUCCUCUCCCCUCUUUUGGGCAUGGACUGAACGACUCGUUCUCCGGAUGAUUUGAUGGGGCUGCUCAGAGUCAUGAUGCCGCCUAAGUUGCAGCUGCUGGCUUUGCUGGCGUUCGCCGUGGCUAUGUUCUUCUUGGAGAACCAGAUUCAGAAGCUGGAGGAGUCCCGAGGAAAACUCGAGCGGGCCAUUGCUCGGCACGAGGUACGGGAGAUCGAGCAGCGGCACACCCAGGACGGCCUUCGGGAGCGGGACUCGUUGUGGCCAGCUACAUGCGAGAGCGACGACGAAGUGGUUAUCAUCUACAACCGCGUGCCCAAGACAGCGAGCACCUCCUUCACCAACAUCGCCUAUGACCUGUGUGGGAAGAACCACUACCACGUCUUGCACAUCAACACCACCAAGAACAACCCCGUCAUGUCCAUACAGGACCAGGUGCGGUUUGUCAAAAAUGUGACUGAAUGGAGGGAGAUGAAACCAGCUUUCUACCAUGGCCAUAUCUCCUUCCUGGACUUCACCAAGUUUGGAGUGAAGAGGAAGCCAAUCUACAUCAACGUCAUCAGAGACCCUAUUGAAAGGCUUGUGUCCUAUUACUACUUUUUGCGUUUCGGAGAUGACUACCGACCUGGCUUGAGGCGCAGGAAACAAGGAGACAAAAAGACGUUUGAUGAAUGUGUAUCAGGUGGCGGCUCUGACUGUGCCCCUGAGAAGCUCUGGCUCCAGAUUCCCUUUUUCUGUGGACACUACUUUGAAUGCUGGAACGUGGGUAGCCAGUGGGCUCUGGAGCAGGCUAAAUACAACCUGGUGAACGAGUACAUGUUGGUCGGAGUGACGGAAGAGCUGGAGGACUUUGUCAUGAUGCUGGAGGCGGCUCUGCCACGCUUCUUCAAAGGGGCCACUGAUCUAUACAAAACAGGAAAGAAAUCCCACCUGAGGAAGACCAGCGAGAAGAAGCCGCCCACCAGGGAGUCCACAGCCAAACUGCAGCAGUCGCCCAUCUGGAAGAUGGAGAACGAGUUCUACGAGUUUGCCCUGGAGCAGUUCCAGUUUGUCCGGGCCCACGCGGUGCGGGAAAAGGACGGUGAACUCUACAUGUUGGCUCAAAACUUCUUCUACGAGAAGAUCUACCCCAAAAACUAACAAGGGAGGGGCAUAUCCUCAAAGAAAUUUGGGGCGUGAUGAAGAGAAGACAACGGCGAGAUGUCCAGUUGUCCAACUACUUGACCGAGUUGUGUUGUUGUGAACAUAUGAUGCCGCCGUAAACUGUGAAUAGUUGGUGUUGCUCAUGUACGUGGAGGGAGAGCUCGGGUUCCGUCCCAAUCCCUGAAGGUCAGCGGCUUCCUUUCACUUCCAUGCCAGAGAUCAACCUAGAGUGGAGGGCCGGGGAGGCCUAUGGCAGCACAUGACCAGAGAAGAGCAGACGCCCAGUCCUGAUUGGCCGAGCAUUACUGCGACCUCAAACAAAAUAUUUACAUUUGCGAUGUGCUGUUUUUUGUGUUUAGCUGUUUGAACUACAGUGUUCACCCACUAUAUCACAGAUUGUUUAGCCAUUUAUUUUAUGGGUUUUAAAGGUGAACUAAACCCCCCCCCCGAAAAAAAAAAAAAUUGAAAAGAUACUUGUAUGUGCCACUACUAGUCUAAACACAGUAUACUGAUUGAUACUGUAUUACAUUUGUGGAAUAAGUAUUCAACAGAAUAAUUAAUAAUUUUUCAUUCAUCUCAGGGGGUCACCAUGUUUGGCAAUAUCGCCUUCUGGUGUUGACCAAAAUUAUCGUCACAACUACUCUCCAGCAUGCAUUGCGAACAUCAGGUGACCAAACCCGGAAAACAGGUAGUGGACCCCCUGUGUAUACUGCAAUAAAUAGCAUAACUACGGGUUGAUGACAUACUCUAAUAGUUUAAACCCAAACUGGCUAAAGUUUAGUUCAAACCAUCACGUCAUCCUGUAGUUAUGUUAGUUAUCGCAGCAUACACAAGGAGUCCGCUUCCUGUUUUCCGGGUUUAGUCAAUGGUCCCGUGACGUUCACAACGCGAUGUGCGAGAACAAUUGUGACGUUAAAUGUCGGUCAACAGCAGGGGGCAGUACUGCCAAGCAUGGCAGACCCCUGAGAUGGAUGAAAAUUGAUGAGUUAAUCUGUCCAUCCAUCCAGCCAUCCAUUUUCUGAGCCGCUUAUCCUCACAAGGGUCACGGGCAUGCUGGAGCCUAUCCCAGCUAUCAUCGGGCAGGAGACCGGGUACACCCUGAAUUGGUUGCCAGCCAAUCGCAGGGCACACAUAAACAAAACCAUUUGCACUCACAUUCACACCUACGGGUAAUUUAAAGUCUCCAAUUAAUGCAUGUUUUUGGGAUGUGGGUGGAAACCGGAGUGUCCGGAGAAAACCCACACAGGCACGGGGAGAACAUGCAAACUCCACACAGGCGGGGCCGGGGAUUGAACUCCGGUCCUUAGACCUGUGAGGCAGACGCUCUAACCAGUCGCCCGCCGUGCCACGAGUUAAUCUGUUUCAUACUUAUUCUACGAAUGCAAUAUUUAUCAGAAUACUCUGUUAAGACUAGUGGGGGCAUAUAUAAUGUAUUCUUGACACAAAAAAAAAAAAGUUUAGGUCCCCUUAUACAGUACAGUAAACCCCCGCUCUUUGCCUCGCGAUAGGGACCGAGCCUUGCCGUGAAUAGCAAAAAUCAAUGAGUUAAUUUAUGCCGCCCCUAACAAGGUUUAUAAUUGACUAUAGAGCCCACGAGAUGGAGGCAAAGUACUAUUUUUGUCCAAAUCAAUUACUCUAAGUGGUAUGGGGAAAUGCUCAAACUGUGAAUAAUGUGCAGUGGCAUAACCUUUUUUUUAUUAUUAUUUUUAAUCCAGUACAGUAAUUUUUUUAGGUAGAGUCCAUUUGUAUAUAACCUAAGUACAGUACAUUUACAUUUAAUCUUUUAGAACUGUUUCUUUUCAAAUAAUUUGGUAAAAUUUGGAUUGAACAUUUUUGUGCAAUACAUUUUCAUUGAAUUCCUAUUUAAACAGUUUUUAUUUUCAUAUAUUUAAAUGCAGUAUCAAUGCCUAAACAUUGCGUAAUGUUACUGUGGCGUACAAUAAUAUUGAAUAUACUUUUUAAGAAAUAAAACCUCUGUCUCAUUUUAAGAUGAACAACUAGGCCUACUACACUACAGUAUUUUAAUGUUUGUCAUUGUGGUAAUACUUGGACAGUCAAAUAUGUUUUUUUCGAGGUGGUACUUGGUGUAAAAACUGGUCACUGCUCACCACUGGUCUAAAUGAAGGUCUUCAUUUCACUUCUUGACACCAAGUUGUCACAAGAUAAUGCCAGAGCAAUAGUUUUUUUUGCUUUGGCUUGAGCACAAAAACAGAUUUGUUGUUUUCAGUUUUUCAGAAAAUAACGUAGGAUAGGUUAAAAAAAAUAAAUCUUCCAAACAGCAAGUAUGUGUGGGUUCACUGAUUACAGUGGUAUCUUGAUUUAUUCCUUUCCAUGACCAACAUCCUAAUUUCAUUUACUUGUAUGUUAAACCAAGUUUCCCCAUUGAAAUUAAUUAAAAAGCCAAACAACAUUUUGUAUGUGUUUUUAAUUAAGAAAACAAGCACUGGAUUAAAGAGAAUGUAAAGAAAUAGACCGGUUUUAUGACAUGUAAUUGCAGUACAUGCUGUAAUUUUUAUGUCUUGGAUGCGUGCCUUAAAGGGGUGUGGCCUAGUGAGUGAUGUCAGUAGCUGGAGUCGGGUUACCCGGUUAGUCUGCGUAUGAGCGUCUGGGCGUGAGUUUUGACCUACAGCAGCUCUUUGUGAGUGUUUUUAUUUUGUAUUUGUGCUUUUUUUUUUCAUUUCACUUAAGCGGCGGCAUAUCUGAAGCUCGCUCGUAAUUUUGGCUCGCAACACAAAGCAAAAAUAAAUAAAUACAAAUAUCAAGUGACAGCUCGUAACUUAAAAAACAUGUAAGUCAAGCUAUCAUUGUCUGUACUACUUUCCUAUUAGCCAGUGCUUUGGUGCCAUCAUGUGACAUAUUAGGGCAUUAAAGAAAGAUUGCAAAGAAUGCGACUGGAUUAGGUUUCUGGCAAAUAGGUUGUAAAGAAGCAAGAAAACCGCAAAUAUGUGAAGUCGUGAAUAGCAAACCAUGAAAAGGUGGGGGUUAACUGUACUGUUGACUUUUGGAUGUGAACAUAGCGACACGACGUCUGCCAUGCUUCACUCAGACUUGAACAAAGACUUGAGGUUUUUAUGAAAUUUAAAAAAAAAAAAGUGUAUGUUUUGUACUGUGUGUUUCCAUUCGCUCUGGCAAGUGUGCCGCUUUAGAGAAUCGCUGCUUCAUGUGCUUUGAUUACUGUGUGUAUGGAGGAACACAAUGAAGAUGCUGCUUGCUGUAAAUAUAAAUGACAUUUUCAGAAAAUUACUCUAAGGUGAGAUUGGUUCCUGUUUGAAAUUACCUUGGUUUGUUUAUACUAUAUAUAUAUAUAUACAUAUAUAUAUAUAAUUAAAACAAGUCUGUGCGUCUGUAAUUAUUCAGUAAAUUGUACUUCUGUAUAUAACGGAUUUUGUUUGUUUUCCUAAAAUUGCCAAACACCUUUUGGAAAAAUACUAAUAGACAUCUGCAGUCUGCAACAAGAAUUCACGACGAACUUUCUUGUAGUCGCAAUCACAACUCAUUUAAUUAUUUGAAUACAAAUAGGUGGUAAUUUUUCUUGUGUGCCUUCCUUGUGCC